CUUGGAUCUGCGUAGCGGGCCCCGUGCUACCAGUAAAAUACGAUGAUAUUUUGAAGAGGCACUUAUCUCAUAAGGCCGAUUCCUGGUACGUAUGUACAAUGUAUGUCUCUUAACAAGUAUUCAAAGCGUGAGUACUUGAUGAAACUCCAAAACAAAAUUCAAGUUGGAAGCCAACUAUAUCCGGCUUCUGUGUCCAGAGCUACCUAGGUACUGCAGUGACGGAUUUGACGGACCGCAGAAAGUCUGUCUCAAUUAUACCUAGGUGCUCGGGUGGAAAAGGAAGACCUUUGGGAAGUGGCGGAGUUCGAUAGUGCGACAAGACAAGACGAGACGAGAGAAGAGAAGGUUACAACUUGUGGCCGCGGUCAAUCCCGCGGCUUGUCAGAAAUAGAACCAAGAACCACCCCGGUCUGCUCACGGUGAGUGAGUCCAGCGACCGGUGCACUGCAGGGCAAAACUCAGCUCCUCGCCGUCGGCGGCGACAACUUUCAACAGGAGUCUUACGGGAUACUAUUUACCUGGCACUGCAGCGACAGAUACGAUAUACAAAGGGCUGUGUGCAUGCAUUUUACAUACAUACGGACUAUAUAUGAUAUACCGCCCCACCAAUCGAUAGCAGGUAUUGCGGGCGCCGACAAUAUCAGCAUCGAAAAUGCAACUUGAACCUCACCCUCAAGCCAAAAACGGGUCAGACCUAUGGUCAGACCGUCUAAAGGCACUCUCGCACGCCGAGCUCCAACUGCACUACCUGGCCGAGGGCGCCGCCAACAUCAUCUACAGCGUCUCCGUCCCUGUGCCUUCAGCUGCCACUGCGGAACUUGACCUGCAAGAAAUUGCUCGGUUAUGCGUCUUACGGCUGCGCAAGGACUUGCCUUCCACAAAGCCGGCUGUCGAAGUGAUGCGCGACUUUGAGGAACGCAUCACUCCUCUGUUCUCCGGACACGAGGGGCUCCUUUUGAAGCAGACACUGUACGGGCUAACACCAAAAAUGGUGGAAAGCGCAAAUGCCGAGUUACGACAGAUGGAGAAGAUGGCCGAAGAUUCAUCAUCUUCGACUUCAUCAACAAACAAGACUGAGAUCGCCAAUGCCACCCGACCUCAGCCUCGGCCUCGGCACAGACACCACGUCUGCCUCCCACCAUAUGAGAAGGAGCAGUAUGGAAUUCUUAUGCAAAACCUAAAAGCCCCCACCGACGACAGUGGCGUCGAUCACGUGGAGCUCGUCGAAUUCAAGCCGAAAUGGCUGGUCCAGAGUCCCAGCGCACCCCAGGAUGCCACCAUGUGUCGAACAUGUGCUUUGAAUGCAAUGCGGAGAAAGGCCGGUAAGCACCAGGGCAGAGGCGAUUCAGGGUUCUGUCCGUUCGAUCUGCUGGCUGGUUCUGAAGAGAACCAUGUUCUUCAGCGGGCACUCGAGAAGAUCUAUCCAGAAACGACAAAAGAUUUCGUGGCGGCUUUUCGGCAGCGAGUUCAGCCGGCGUUGAAACAUUUGGCAAAACUGCAGAGAGAAUAUGGGUCGGUGGGAUUAGAUGAUUUUCGGGAUCCGAAUCCACAGGGCAAACACCUCGAUUUGGCGAUGGCGUUGAGGGACUGUAGUGUAUUUUUGGGUCUGCGCCGCGGGGGCAGAGGGGAUGCGGGUCCGAACGAGGAUCCGUCUUCGACUCACUUGCAAUUGGGUGACGAACAACGUGCAGCAGAUGGCCAUGAGACACACGAUGUCGUCGAGCUGGUCGACGUCAAAUUCGCCGAUCUGGACUUGAAGACCCCGGAGGCCGGAAAGCUCCAGAAAUGGGCGGCCAUGGAGCAAGAGUUGCUGGAUAACGGGUGGUACUAUUGCGAUUCGCAAUCCGAAGGAGAAGGAUCCAACUGUGCGCUGAGCCGGCACAGGCCGAAAAGGUCAUCAUCGUGAUGGACAGUAGCAGCAGUCACCAUCAUUGCCAUAUAUAUACGUUGCAUCCUUCGGCUCGUCAGAGCCUUCAUGUUCUUUGAUGUUCCCUUUCACCAAUUAUGAUGAAUCGCAAACACCCCAUCC